CUUUUAUCACAAUAUGACAAUUUGAAUUGUUAGUGACAGUGCAUGGAUCUCAUUUGUUUUUACACUUUUCUUUUCAUUAUUCUGCAAUAAAUUAGUAAUUCCAAUUUAUUUCACUAAUGCUAUGACAAAUAUUGAGGCUUUAAGCCUCUAUCAAAAUGGUUCUAAACGCCGCUAUGCAAAUGCUAAGAGAGGCAGAUGAGCUGAAAGAGAAAAUUCUUAAAUUCAAGAGUGGGACGUCAAUGCUUCAGGAACGGAAUCUGUGGGUCACACAACAGCAACUGCAAAAGAUAUACCAAAAACUAUUGAUAUUAGAUUUGGAUUAUGCAUUGGACAAGAAAGUGGAGCAGGAGUUAUGGAAUGUUGGAUUCAAACAGCAGAUUGAAGCAUUACAGGCCAUCUCGAAAGACAGAAAAAAUCCAUUAAGAAGCGAGGGUCAGGCUAUGCUGUCAUGGGUGCUGCAAGCUGCUUCAGGAUUUUACCUCUGUCUACUGCAUCAAAUAUGCACCACAUUCAAACUGGACUUACCCUUCAGGCGACGUGCGUCGCUUCUAGGCUGGGUGGAGGGGUGGGGCGCGGGGGAGGUACUGUGUGAGGCGGGCGCGGACGCGGCGGCGGCGGCGGCGGCGGCGGCGGCGGCCGUGACGGCGGCGGGGGCGCGGCUGCCGGCUCCGGGCGCCGCGCGCUACAUCUGCCAGCACUGCCUCGUGCACCUGGGCGACCUGGCGCGCUACAAGCAACAGCUGCGAGUCGCGCACACAUUCUACAGGCAGGCGCUGGUGCUGUCGGCGCACUCGGGGCAGCCGUACAACCAGCUGGCGCUGGUGGCGUGGCGGCGCGGGCGGCGGCUGGCCGCGCUCUACUGGCACGUGCGCUCGCUGCUCGUGCGCGCGCCCUUCCCGCCCGCGCCCGCCAACCUGGCGCGCACGCUGCACGCCGCCGCCGCCGCCACAGCCGCCGCCGCCGGCCGCGACUCGCGACCGCUGCCAGUGCUGCCAGGGGCGGCGGGGCGGCCCCCCACGCCCCCCGCGCCGACCGCCGCCAACGGUCCCACACGCCUCGACGCACACUCGUACACCUCUGAACUCAUUCGAGCGCUACAUCUCAUACACACGGUCGAAGACUUGGACACAGCGACGACUAUAGUAAACACGCUGAAUUCCUCGCUGACUACUCUCAUUGCGACCGACAGUUUCGAUUCCAUGACUCUAAUCAAGAUGGCGUGCGUGGUGAUGUGGGCGGUGCACUCUACCACGGAGGGGUUGACGCUGACUGAGGACACGUUAUCGGCGGACGAGCGGCGCGCCGCCGCCCUCGCACAAUCACUUGCCGCCGGCGCCGUGCUGGCGCUGCUGCUGUCGCCGCGCCGCGCCACCGUCACCCUCGCGCCCCUGAAGGUGUGGUUGUGGUGGGUGGUGUCGCACCCGACGACGCUGGCGGCUGCCGCGUGGUCGCAGCGGCCGGCGCUGUGGCCUGCGCUCACGCAGCUGCUGGACUCGCUGUCCGCGGCCCCACCGCCCGCCGCACACGCAUACACCUAUGAGACUGUGCCUCUCCCGGAGGACGAGGAGCUACUGGGGUUCCAGCCGCUCGAGGCGAUGUGUAAGGGGCUGCGGUUCCCCAACCACGCCGCCUGGGAUACAUACGGCGGCCGCUUGCCCGACCUAGAUGAACAGGAAGACCUAUCGCCGCCGGAAGUGUCGACGGUGUGUUUGAGUAACGAGCCGGAACUGGAGCAGAAGGUGCGCGCGCAUCGUCUGCUGCAGCUCGGCCGGCGGCUCGCAGACCUGCGGCCCGACCUCAUCACAUACACCGAGGCAGAGGACGGCGCGGCGUCGUUCAGCGCGGCGGCGGCGGGCGCGCUGGCCGAGCUGUCGGCGGCGGCGCGCGAGGCCGAGCUGGCCGCCGCGCGCCGCGACUGCGACGACGAGCCGCCGCCGCCGCCGCCGCCCAUCGUCAUCUCGGAGGCCGACUUUAGGGAAAAAGUGCGCGAGAAGCGCGUGGGCAUCCUGAAGCCGCAGGGGUCGCUGGAGCGCGCUCGCGAGGAACGGGCGCUCGCCUCCACACAGGAUGAACCGGAGGAGGAUUGCAGUGACGAGUGCAGCAAGAGUGAAGACAAGAAGGAGACACGGAAGGCCAGAGUCAACAUCGCCAUGGCGGCCAUCAUGAGGAAACAAGAGGAGACCAACAAACAGGUGAAAUUUGUAACUCCACCACCCACGCCAGAUUUAGCGGGUGACUCUACUGACACUAAAGACGACAAACCUAAAGUAAUACAGCCUAAAGCCAUCAAAUCACUCGCCAAUCUACCAAUCGGCAGAAAAACGGGCGGUAUCCUCUCGCUUAAAGAUAAAUCCGCCGGAUACCCGCAUCUAGUGAACACCGACCCCGAACCAGUUAAAAAGAACGACAAAGAAGAAAAGAAAGACACUAAGCCUAGUCAACUAAGCCAAAAUUCUCAGCAGAACUACCAGCAGAAGAAACAAGAGCCACCUUCUCCAAACUGGAGUCCUAAUCCACCAGCCCAGCUUUACAACGAGCCGCGAAUGAAUUUCCAGAAUAAUUACGGCAUCCAAUCCACGGGCAUUAGCUACAACCCUAAUUACCAAGCGAAUGUUAACAACCAAGGGAUAAGGUUGCCUGUUGUCAAUCCGAAAGAAAUAGACGUAAGAACCGCGGUACAGAAACAGAACUCCCGUCAGGAGCUGUUCCAGGAAGGUCACAAGUUUGGUAACCACAACUACCAGAUGUCAGGUGACAAGAAGAACUUCCUCAAUGAUCUGCCGCCACGGUUCGCAAACCAGUAUCGAUACUGGCAGAAUGCUCAAGAGAAUCAGUUUAACGAGAACAAAUUUAGAGAUGAAAACUUCAAAACAAAUUCCCUUUUCAAUAAUCAACAGCCAAAUAGCUGGAUGAACAACCCUCCGGGGCCCGAUUACCAGCAGCAAACGUGGUGGAAGCCCGAAAAUCCUCCGCCUAAUUAUAAUUCUAACUUCGCAAAUCCGCCUAUGAGCUUGCAGCCUAACUUCUACUCCCCACAUUUGGCCUCUAACAUGUCGAACCCUUACCAGAGUAUGGCUUCGUUCAACCAAGCUCAGACUAUAGGGCAAAAUAAGCCAGAUAAUUUAAUGAAUUCAAACUACCUCCAGUCAGCUGUAGGCCAGCCACAGGUUCAGACACUGCAGAAUCUUGUCUCAUCUCCGAACUUCAACUCGUCUCUGAAUAGUUUUGGCUCCUACCCCACGAUCGGCUACGAUUCCUCUAUGUAUCCGCAGUUUAACAACAAACUUGGAUACCAACCUUUGAACCAACAGCAGAACUAUCUAGGCACUAAGGAUAUGGUAGAUAUGAACCUUAGAUUUGGGCCAAAUGUAGCAGAUAGGCAACAGAGGAACUUGAAUAUGAACUUCAACGAACCACUGAAUGGUGACGCUGGUGGCAUGAAGAAUAUAGACCAGAUUGGGGCCAUGUCGAGUUCCGCAGCGGGUGCUGGCGGCGCGGGCGCGGCGCCAGGGCCGGGUGCAGGGCCGGGUGCAGGGCCGGGCGCAGGGCCGGGCGCAGGGCCGGGCGCGGGGGCGGCCAGCACCUACUCGUUAUUUAGCGGCGCGCCCGACGCCAGCUGGGGCUCAGCGCAGCGACAUCCGCACCAGUCACUAUGGUCCGGGCCUGGUCCAUCGCCCCUCGAGCGACUCCUCGAACAACAGAAACAGAUGAAGCAGCCGCAGUGACCGACCACAGAACUCCGCGUGGACAUAACUAUUUAUCGUACCCACUGAAAGACUAUAGCGCCUUUUGUAGCUAACAAAGAAAAAUGUAAUAUAUCGAUACUAUAAUCAUGCAAACAUAGAAAAUAAAAUAAUCUUUUGAUAACAGAGUACAGCUAUACAAAUAUAAAAAUCGCUUUUGUAUAUAUUAUAUACUGUGGUCCUUUACGCCGGAUUUACACGCUUGACAAAGCACGGCAAAUGCUCAACCACAAAACAUGUGAACGCGAUAUUUAGAUUGGUUUAUGUAAAUAUGUUUCUCACAUGAUUCGUAGUUUAGUAUAAUUAGGAUUGGAUUUUCGAGAGUGUAAAUCCAGCAAUGAUUGUACUGCACUCACGUGCUACAGUAUACGUCGUAUUUAGCUGCAGUACUUGAAUAAUAAAGAGGCGAGAAUUGUAUUAGCUAUAUAUAGAUAUUAAAUUUAAUUAUUUAUGACGUAUGUUAUCAGAAAUAUUAACCUUUUCACCGCUCGGUAUUGUAGUAGCGCACCUCUAACUAUAAUAGGUAGUUUAUAUCAUACUUUAUUUUUAUAUUUUUUUGACAAUUUUAAAAUAGUGUAAGCUUUUUCUUUUAAUACACUGUCAUUAUUUUAUUGUCAUGAAAGUGUAGUAUACAAGCAUAUCUACAUCUGAGGGCCUACUAUGAAAUGUUUUCCGAAAUUUCGGAGCCAAACGAAACACAAAUUAGAUUUUAAAAUUACAUAAUAAAUGCCGUUUGGAAAUAUUAAAAAUGUUAAAAUAUUGUUCCUUUGGACUUUUAUGAUGGGAUGUAUGACGAACGAAAUGUUAAACUCCAUUUAUUGGUCCGAUUUUGGUAUAAACAAAAACACGAAAUUAAGUCCGAAAUUUCGGAAUUUCAUUUCAUGGUAGACCCGCUGUUUACAGAUUCUUUUUCGGAUAAAUCUGAUCGGGGCGGUUAAAAGGUUAAUUGAAAUUAACGUUUGGAUCCUACUCCUAAAACAAAUCCCUUUAACCUACAUAGUAUCACGACACAUUCUUGUUAAUAGUUUUUCAACGACGUGAUAUUGUGUGAAGGAGCCAAAUAGUUAGGUAAAUCUAUAAUUACCGUUUAUGCCCUUGUUAAUAGCGCAUUGUUGUGUACGAUUGUAAAUUUUUAUGUAAACUUAUGUAUAAAUGUAAAACUUUGUUAAAUAAUAUGUGAAUUCAUAAUGGUUACCUUGUAGGACUCCAAUGUGUAUGGAACAUUGGAUUGUACUUUAUUUUGCAUUGUUAAUGAUUUUGUUUUAAUAUUGUGUAUACGUAUAUAAAAAUGUAUAAUUGGGAACACGUCAUGUACAGUCAGCAUCAAAAGUCGAAUACCUAGUGAUUUUCAGAACCUGUAAGUACUUCAACAAGGUUAACGACAGAUUUGAAGAUCUUAUAAGAUCGAAAUUUCUGGAAUGCAUACAAUGCUGUAAGUAUGCUACAUAUAGGGUUGCCAACUCUCGAAAGUACCAAAUCGGGAGAAUUUUAGUUAUAAAAAUUUUGUCAAGAGGAGUUAUUAAAAGGAAAUCAUUAAUUAAUUUUUAAAUUUAUAUUUAUUUUGUUUACGAGCAGCAUCUAAUAUUCGUCCGUUUUUCACCAAAAAAUUACAUGAAAACUCAAAGUUUGUUAGUACUUGUAACUCUGCUUUUACUAAAGAAAUACUCAUUCGGUUUUUGUCUUGCUCCAUUAUGUUUAAUACGCGCUCACGUGAAUCAUUAGAGACCGCAAAGCGAGUGAGUAGCGACGAGCAAGCGAUGAAUGAAUUUAAUUUUUAGAAAUUUUUUAUUGCACUCAUGGAGGUCGGGAGGUUAACAUUAUUACCAGAGUCUCCCGGGCAAUCCGGGAGGGUUGGAACGCUAGCUACAGAGUAUGGAGGUUUUAGAAAUCUUAUUGUGUAUAUUGACUUCUGAUUCUAACCGUACCAUUUUGUAUCAGCAAAUACUGCCUUUCACAUCUUAAUUCUAAAGAAAAGCAACACAUGAGGCGUCACCACAUUUGGAGGCCGAUCAACGGCUUUUCCAUUCCAUCACGACCUUCUCGUUCGAUAAUAAACAGUUAAAUUCCAAUAUUUUAUUUUUAAAUUUUAAAUGGCAACAACCUAGUAAUAUCUACUGUAUGGUAAUAUACAGUAGAUAUUAAUACAUGCAUUAUUUUUGCUUCUUUUUUAAAAGCAGUUUGCGCGCCAAUUUAAUCUUAUAAAAAAAAAUGUUUAUUAGACCACUAUGGACCAUAGGUCACUAUGAUUGGCUAAAUAUGUUUCGGUUAUUUGUUUGGUGCUGUGAUUAUUCAUUGAUGCUGGAAUGCUAGUAAACAUCGAGAGAUAUCAAUUUUAGAGUCAAGGUUUUAUUUUUGCAAAUUGAAUUAAUUAAUUUAGACACCUACCAGCAAGAUUCUUGUUUAUUUUUAUUUAUACCGGAUUACAUCAAAUUGUUUUUAUCUACAGAUGGUGAUUUUUUUUUCUAAUUCCUCAGUACGAUCUCCCAGAUACUUACUAGCGUUCAAAAAGUUACUUUAAGCAAUUUUUAUCGUGACUAAGCGAAUAUAAAUUGACGCAAUUAUUGUGAAACUAUAUUUUUUAAUACACUUAUUUUUGUUAA